CAGCGCUUUGUGGGCGGGGCUUCCCCGGAGCGCAGCCAAUAGGGAGGGAGGGCGCGGAGCCGGCCGGGUCCCGAUCGCGAUCCCGGUCCCGGUCCCGAUCCCGAUCCCGAUCCCGAUCCCGAUCGCGAUCGCGAUCGCGAUCCCCGUCCCGAUCCCGCUCCCUUCCUCCCCGGUGGCGCCUCCAUGGAGCCGGCCGAGGUGGAGUUCCUGGCCGAGAAGGAGCUGGUGACGAUCGUGCCCAACUUCAGCCUUGACCGGAUCCACCUCAUUGGGGGAGAUCUGGGUCCUUUCAAUCCCGGCUUGCCAGUGGAAGUGCCGGUCUGGUUGGCCAUCAGUCUGAAGCAGAGGCAGAAGUGCCGUCUGAUUCCCCCGGAAUGGAUGGAUGUUGAGAAACUGGAGGAAAUCCGUGACCAGGAGCGUAAAGAGGACACCUUCACUCGGAUGCCCAGUCCCUAUUACAUGGAACUCACAAAGCUGCUGUUGAACUAUGCCUCAGACAACAUCCCCAAGGCCGAUGAGAUCCGCACGCUGGUGAAGGAUACCUGGGACACCCGGAUAGCCAAGCUGCGGCUGUCUGCAGACAGCUUCGUCAGGCGGCAGGAGGUUCACGCCAAGCUGGACAACUUAACCUUGAUGGAGAUCAACACAACCGGUGCUUUCCUUACACAAGCCUUAGAUCACAUGUACAAGCUCCGGACUAACCUUCAGCCUGGCGAGGCUGCCCAUUCCCAGGAUUUCUGAGGUACUAGCCAGGCCAGCCUGAAAACCUCACAGGAGAGGGCAGCGGAAGGGAGCAGGCUCCACAUCUUGCCCCUGGUCCUUCAUCUGGCCAAGCCUCCAUCUCCCUGUACACAUCCAAAGCCACCCAUCUCCCCUUUGGCUGCGCACAGCCCUUCCUCGGCAGCCUAAACCCCUUCUUUGCAGGCAGAGGAGAGGGCAGGCAGCCUUCCAGCCGGCUGGGAAUCGCUCCAGAGCUGCCGAUGGAACGGGAGCAUCCCUGCAUGGGAGCUCCUCGCUUCAGAGGUGGGCCUCUUGGGCUUAAGAGAUCUGCUUUAAUGCAGGUGGUGGCUUGCCAGCGCUACCCUGCUUCUGCCUAAUGGGGUCGGGCGGAUCUCUGCGCCCUCAAGAGUGGGUGUACUUCAUAGAGGGAACUUCUGAGGGCAGCACAGGCCACACACUGGCUUGGAAGCAGUGUAUUUCCAGGCGUUGCUUUGCCAUGGAUUUUGCUCAGAGCUUUGGAAAGGGGAAGAGAUGUGCGGGCAAUGAGAGGUGUCUGCUGCUCUGCUGGGGAGAUCAGCUGGGAAUCAGAUCCAUCUGCUCUUUGGAGAAGGACAAAAGAAAAUGGAUUUUCCCCUCUCCGUACCAGUAACAUCAUGUCUGACUUGUUUUUUUAACCUGAAACCGUGUGUGCGUGUGUGUAAAGAAAGAAUUAAAGCAGUAAUCUCA